AUGUCAAGACACGAAGAAUCAAGCUGCAGAAGCGGUGGCAAAGGAAAAGCCCCGGUCAACUCGUUGGACAGACUCGCGAGAACGAGCAGUGGUGCGCCAGAGGUCCUGGCGAUGGCGAACCAGUUUGCGGCUCUGAACACUGGCAACUUGCAUUCGAGGCCGCUUCAACCCUUGCCUGCAGGUACUCCUACACCAGCACCUGCACCCAACGAGACCACCACUCUUGUUGGGCAGUUGCACUUCGCUGAAGUCCGCAGGCCACAAGCUUUUGACCAUGAGGCCCGGCCACCGCCUGUAGUCGCAGAGACAGAACGUCGAUCGAACAUCAGUUCGCUCGCGAGGCUGUUCAAGAAGCGGCCAAAGCCAAAGGAUCCCCCUUCGAAGCCUCAUCCUAAGUCCAGAAACACGGGUAAUGCUGAAGAAGAGAGCGAGAAAGAGGAUGGAAUUGUGGGCUUGCUAAACCCCCCCGGCGCAAACACUCAAAGGGCCUCUUUUGCCACGAACGCAAGCAAAAAGGACUCAGGCACAGGAAUCAAACCACCUCGUACUGUUGCGCCUGGACAAACUACUCGCGCUGGGGUAAAUAGCAUCAAUCCGCCAAACCGAGUCAUGUCUCCAGGUAUCGCGGAAGAGUAUGUAGUCGCCACGCGGACACUAGGCGUCCCUGACGUGGCUCCUCCAAGGAGAUCGCAGACGCCAAUCAUCUCGAGGCGAAGGGGUCGGGCAUACAGUGCCCAGUACCUAGAACGCUUUCAGGAGCCUUUCGAGGACGCAUAG